GUGCCUGGCCUAGACCCGGCCCGUGGCUGGGGUGCGCGAAGGUGGGGCCGACUCCGUCUCCUCGUCCCACAGAUGAAGCUGCUGCCCUUCCGGCAGAAGAAGGCCCACAUCAUGGAGAUCCAGCUCAACGGUGGCACGGUGGCCGAGAAGGUGGCCUGGGCCCAGGCCCGGCUGGAGAAGCAGGUGCCGGUGCACAGCGUGUUCAGCCAGAGCGAGGUGAUCGACGUCAUCGCCGUCACCAAGGGCCGCGGGGUCAAAGGUAGGGUCGGGUGGGGGUUCCGGCCCCUGAGACGGCCGGGUGCGGGGGGGGGGGGGGGGUCGGACAGGCCUCUCAGCCACCGGCCCCGGCCGUCCGCAGGGGUCACCAGCCGCUGGCACACCAAGAAGCUGCCACGGAAGACGCACAAGGGACUGCGUAAGGUGGCCUGCAUUGGCGCCUGGCACCCGGCCCGCGUAGGCUGCUCCAUCGCCCGGGCUGGGCAGAAAGGUUACCAUCACCGCACAGAGCUCAACAAGAAGAUCUACCGCAUCGGCCGGGGGCUGCACGUGGAGGACGGGAAGGUGGUCCGGAACAACGCGUCCACCAGCUACGACGUGACUGACAAGUCCAUCACGCCGCUGGGCGGCUUCCCACACUACGGGGAAGUCCACAACGACUUCGUCAUGCUGAAGGGUUGCAUCGCGGGCACCAAGAAGCGGGUCAUCACGCUGAGGAAGUCUCUCCUGGUGCACCACAGCCGCCGGGCACUGGAAAACAUCGAGCUCAAGUUCAUUGACACCACCUCCAAGUUCGGCCAUGGCCGCUUCCAGACAGCCGAGGAGAAGAGAGCCUUCAUGGGCCCCCAGAAGAAGCACCUGGAGAAGGAGAAGCCGGAGAAGGCGGGAGACCUCUAGGCCCGGCCCUCCCUGCCCUGCCCCGGCCCCGAAAUAAAGUCCCGAGGCUGCA